AUGCUUGUCCUGACGUAUGGAAAUGACAUCACAAAUCAUAGUGUAUUCACAAGCAUAGACAGUGCUAUACCCACCAAACCAAACCUCGAAGACUUCUGGAAUAUUGAAUCCAUCGGCAUUACAGACAACGUGCAAAAUUCGAAUGAAGAAAUUGCAAUGAAGAAAUUCAAAGAAACUAUAAAAUUUGAAGAUGGUCGGUACCAAGUGACCUGGCCAUGGCGUGAUGAAGAGUUUGAAUUACCAGAAAACAGACAGUUAGCUUUAGGUCGUCUGAAAUCUACUGUAUCACGAAUGAGUAGCAAACCAGAGCUAAUGAAAAGGUACAACGAAGUCAUUGAAGACCAACUCAAUAAAGGCGUUAUAGAAAAGGUGAAUCAUAAAGUUCAAGAUGUUAGAAAAGACCAUUUGGAUUCAUUUCUACCAGGAAGUCAAGUCGAUGUUCGGAAAAGCUUCAAUGAACUUACGAGAGUGGAUAUCUAA